AUGGACAAGUCCCUCCUGCUGGGACUCCCCAUUCUGCUCUGCUGCUUUAGAGGUGCGUCCCUAAGGCUGACGGUGAGGUUGUGAGAUUUGCUCUCACUUCUAUUUCUCUCCUCUCUGGCCCAAACUAUAGAAAUUGUUCAGUGUAGGAUGUGCCACCUCCAGUUUCCAGGAGAGAAGUGUUCCAGAGGCAGAGGAAUAUGUACUGCAUUCGCUGAAGAGUCUUGCACAACUGGGAGGAUUUUCAAACGUGAUGGUACUCCCUGGUUAACCUUCAUGGGCUGCCUAAAGAACUGUGCCAGUGUAGACAACAUAAAAUGGAGUGUCUAUUUGGUGAACUUCAGGUGCUGUAGGAGCCAUGACUUUUGCAAUGAACACCUCUAAAAGUUGCUGGUCCUUCUGUGGUUCCAGUCUCUGGGUGACAUUGUUGCCUUGGCCUCUUCACAAUGAUUUCCUAAAAGAACACAUUUCAGAUUGCAAACACAUGGCUCUGCUUUCUGUAUGUAUAAGAAAAAAGUCUCUGCCUCUUCUAGAUUCUCUAUCUUGGCCCCUACGGGGGGAAAUACCUUGAAAGCAAGAUCAAAACCUGCAGGUUGUUACAAAACCUAGUGCUUUCACUGUACACCUAAGUUGCUUCACAAAAGGAAGAAGAGAAUAGAUUGUUUUCCCUGUAUCUUCCC